AUGAACCAGUCUCAAUUAGAUCCUCUGCCAAGGGAUCUUCCCUUUCGAAUCGUUUCCAAGACUGUUGGUCGAGGAGCCUAUGCCUCGAUCAAAAAGGCCAUUCCACUUGAUGCUCCAACACCAAUCUUUGCAGUAAAGCUCAUCCACAAGGGCUACGCCGUUAAGCAUGGCCGUAUCUCGACAAAGCAGCUUGCCAUGGAGGUCUCCCUCCACUCACACAUUGGCCAGCACCCCAACAUCAUUGAGUGGUUCGCCUCGGGGGAGGACGCUAUCUGGCGCUGGAUCGCCAUGGAGUACGCAGAAGGUGGCGACCUCUUUGACAAGAUCGAGGCCGAUGUGGGUGUUCGUGAGGACAUUGCCCAGAUCUACUUUGUGCAGCUCGUCAGCGGUGUGAGCUUCAUGCACUCCAAGGGCGUUGCGCAUCGCGACCUUAAGCCGGAGAACAUUCUUCUCUCUCAGGAUGGCUCACUUAAGCUCGCUGAUUUCGGAAUGGCUACAAUGUUUGAGUACAAGGGUCAGCGGAAGAUGAGCUCUACGCUCUGCGGUAGCCCCCCUUACAUCGCCCCUGAGAUUCUCGCCUGCGGCCGCGCCGACAGGAGAUCACCAAACGCUGCCAAGUACUCACCAGAUCUUGUCGACGUAUGGUCUUGCGGUGUCAUCCUCUUUGUCCUUUUGGUCGGUAAUACCCCGUGGGAUGAACCUUCGCAGGGUAGCUGGGAGUUUCAAGAAUACGUUCGCACAGCGGGCCGUAGCACCGACGCACUCUGGGAGAGGAUACCUUCGGAGGCCCUCUCUCUGCUACGAGGAAUGAUGAGCAUCGACCCGACGAAACGAUUUAGUUUCACUCAAGUCCGCCAGCACCCUUGGUACACACGACACAAUGCUCUUCUCACCGCCGACGGCCGGGUCUCGGAUCCCAUCUAUCUGGCAACACAGAUGCUGGAGAACCUGCGUAUUGAUUUUAGCCAACAACCCACAUCGCAGCCGUCAUCCAGCGACAACAUGGACCUUGACACAGGCCUCAACGCCGGCCGGUUCUCCUCGACCCAGCCCGAAGCCCCCAUCGUCGACCGCGAUUGGGACUGGGAACGCCCUGCGCUUCGCUCCAUGGCUGCCCCAGCUUCGUCUCUACCUUCGCGCGCUCAUGACGCUCGUCGCGUGAUGAUGGACUCUCUUGCCGACGAACCUUCCAUGUCCCAAUUCUCCCACACUCCUGGCCCUUCCAUGAGUCUUACACAACAAGCUCGCCGUUUCCGCGAUAUUUGUCCACCAGAGUCACUCACUCGAUUCUUCUCCGCUGUGCCGCCUGCUCACAUCAUUCAAAUGCUUAGCGAUGCUCUUCACCAGCUCAAUAUCCCCCUCGCCCCUGUCUCACCAAAUCUCUACGGCAGCCCCGUAGCCACACUCAAGGUCAAGGCACUAGACGGCCGCCAGCAAAGCCUCCACGGCGAGAUCCAGGUCGACCGGCAGCCUCUACCUGACGGAACCGAGGUUCUCGAUGUGCGCUUCGUCAAGGUCAAGGGUGAUCCUCUUGAGUGGCGACGUUUCUUCAAGAAGGUAGUUGUCCUGUGCAAGGAUGGCGUGUAUGUCCCAGAGGCUUAG